AUGACAGAGCUGACCAAGAAAGGGAACAAGUUUAUUUGGACUCCAAAGUGUGAGUCAAGUUUUCAGGAGUUAAAGAAGCGAUUAACAUCCGCUCUUGUUUUGGUAUUACCUGACGGAGGAGAAGGUUAUACCGUGUAUUCUGAUGCCUCUAGAGAAGGUCUAGGAUGUGUUUUGAUGCAAAUGGGUAAGGUAGUUGCCUAUGCUUCCAGGAGAUUGAAGCCUCAUGAACAAAAUUACCCAAUGCAUGACCUAGAAUUGGCUGCAGUGAUUUUUGCCUUAAAGAAAUGGAGACAUUACUUGUACGGCGUGACUUUUGAAGUUUUUACGGACCACAAGAGCCUCAAGAAAAGCCAAUGUGGUAGCAGACCCCUAAGUAGAAAAGCCCAAGUAGCGGGGUUGAUGGUUAAAGAAUGGGACAUACUAGAAGAAGUGAGUAGUUGGAACCCUCGCUUGGGGAGAUUAAAGGUUUUAUUUGGGAAUUUGUCAUUGAAAUCACCAUUACUAGAGCGUGUUACGGAGGCCCAGAAGAUGGACCCUACAAUUCAGAAGAAUGUGGAGAUAGUGCAAAAAGGGGAAACCCUAGAUUUUAAGUUAGGGUCUGAAGGAGUAUUGAGGUUUCGAGAUCGAAUUGUGGUUCCGGCAGAUGAAAAGUUAAGGAAAGAAAUUUUAGAAGAAUCACAUCGAUCAAAGUAUACCAUACAUCCUGGAGGGAAUAAGAUGUAUCAUGAUGUGAAAGAGUUAUACUAG